AUGGACGCCUCUUCGAUCGAUUACAACAAGAAGACGAGCAAUAUGCCUGGCGCUAGUGUGGACGUCAUACCUGUGGAGAAGUACGACAAUGACCCGUCGGUGAAGCACAUCGACGACGUCGAGUACGGGCCUGCCGACGUCAAGGUCCACGACGCGGUAUUCGGCGAUGUCACUGAGGACGGGCCAAACUACCGCAAUAGCAACAUCGGUCUCGGCGUGCUAGGCAUUCCGGCCGUCUUUCAGACCAUGGGUGUCGUGCCGGGCAUCAUCCUGAUCUGCUUCGUGCAAACGAUAAUCACGUGGGCCGACUACGUCGUGGGCACGUUCAAGCUGAACCACCCUGAAGUGUACAGUCUGGCCGACGCGGGACGUGUAUGCUUUGGACGGGUCGGUGAGGAGAUCUUCGCGGUCAUCUUUUGCAUCUCCGUCAUCACGCUCACGAUCUCGGUUGGUGUGCAGGACCGGCCCGCCGAUGCGCCGCCGAACUGGCAGAAGGAGUUCUACAUCAUCGGUCACCCCGAUUUCGCCGGAGCGAUGAGCGCAGUCGCAUCGAUCGUGUUUGCGACCUCGGCAACAUCCACUUACUUCGGCAUCGUCAGCGAGAUGCGCGAUCCGCGCAAGUUCAACCGCUCCAUGCUCAUUGCGCAGGCGUUCACUACCGCGUUCUAUAUCGCCAUCGGCGUCACCGUCUACUACUACUGUGGGCAGUACGUAUCCUUCCCCGCGCUUGGCAGUGCCGGCCCACUCAUGAAGCGUGUCACAUACGGCAUCGCGAUCCCGGGUCUUCUUGUCACGUACACGAUUUACUCCCACCUACCGGCAAAGUACAUCUUCGUGCGCCUCCUGCGCGGCUCGCGCCACUUAAGCUCCUCCACCCCAACGCACUGGAUGUACUGGCUCUCCUGCACUUGCGGAAUCACGCUUAUCGCGUACAUCAUUGGCAGUGCGAUUCCCGUCUUCAGCAACCUCGUCGGAUUCAUCGGUGCCUUCUUCUGUCCCUGGAUCUGCAUGAUCCCCUUUGCGUUCAUGUGGCUCCACGACAACUACAAGAACAACCCGAACCGCACUAUCGCCAUUGAGCUACAGGCGGCGUGGGCCGUGUUUGUGAUUCUCGCCGGCCUCUUCCUUAUGGGCGCGGGGACGUGGAGUGCGAUUCUUGCGCUUAUCGCAGACUCGUCGCGCACGUCACCAUGGUCAUGGAACGUAUUGACGGGGCCUUAUCGGGCCGCUCUAUCGGCUCUACCCGAUUCAGGGUUCAGCCCAGAUAAUCCAGAUCCGGCGAUCUGGUCACCUGCUCGCAGACCGCGUACAACCGUUGCCGCGCAACAAUGCCACCAGCCGAGAAGGAUGGGCCGCGGAGUUCCGUCCGCCCCCAACGGACGUACAGGGCUUGCUACCCCUGCCGAGCGCUUCGGCAACCCAAACCAGCCAUGGGAUGGGCCUUGCGAGCGCUGCCGCCGAGAGCAGCGAGAGUGUGUACGGGGCAAGUCAACCACCAUUCCGGCCGUUAUCCCGCGCAAAUCGGACGCGUUAGACUUAGACCCCUCUUCGCCUCAAGCUCGACCACCGCACGUCUCCCAUCCAUCACAAUCGUCUCGGAGUCGCUCUCCCCGAUCGAGAUCACCUCGACACCAGACAGAGGAAUAUGCUGACGCGCCUGGAGAGUACUACUCCGGAGAAGAGGAGGACUUGGGCGAAGGGACAGGCGGGGAAAACACGCUCCUCAACUCCCAUCUGCAGAAUCCAAACGAUGCUCUGCGUCUCCUGGCCAGCGCGAGCAGUCUGAGCUACAGACGAGUGGGGCAAAAUGAGAAGAGGGAGGUGCGGUGGGCAGGCGACAACGACGCAAUUUGGACUGAGUUCGAGCCCAUUGAAGAGGGCUGCGUGACCGUACAAGAGGCACAAGCUUUGUUCACCUUUCUCAUUCACGAGGAAUCCCUGCUUCUUGCAGUCGUCAUUGCCAUUGCGGCGAGAUACUCGACGAUCCUGGCAAACAAUCGCGGACCAAUCGUACACCGCAAAUUGUCCAAGUGGAUACGGCAGAGAAUCUUGGACGUGUUCGAUGGCGAGCCCGCACUGAGGUGUAUCAGUACCGUCGAGGCGCUGUUGCUCUUGACGGAAUGGCCCUUGGCGCCCAAGACUCCAGCUUCGGGCCGUGCCGACGCCGCAUCAGAGGAAGCUCGCCUCCUUUCUCCGUCAUUGCGCUACGACGCGAGCUCAUGGACAAACAUCGGACUGGCGGUGCGAUUGGGACAAGAGCUCGGGCUGCACCACGCCAUCAGCGCGAACAGGAAAGCUCCAGCGACCUGGCGCGAGAUGCGUUCUUUGAAGACUUGGGUGUACUGCUACACGGCGGACCGGCAUAUCGCUGUGCGACUGGGUCGGAACGCUGUGUUCCAGGAAGCGAUGAGCAGUCGAUGGUGGGAGGCAACCAGCAGCUUCGUCCACAGCCCACAGAAGCGGGAGGAUGUGUGGACCUCUGACGCAUGGAUCCUCGGCGCGAUUGCUCAGCUCAUGGGCACGAUCCAGGACCACCUCUACACGAAUAAGGAUAUGACGCGGAGCCUACUGCGAACUGGGGCUUGGGAGCCGUUUCUCCGCAGUCUUAGGCUCGAGAUCCGGUAUUCGAAACGUGCUACCGCUCAUCAGCUACGCGAUGGGAGCCUAAGCAGUGCCCUGCUUCAGAUCGAACUCGACUACGUUGUCCUGUACGCCUACUCGCUAGCUCUGCGCGCAUUGCAGGACAAGCUCAGGAGAAGGCGCCAAGCAGGAGACGUUCACUACACCGCCCCCUCGCUCUUGAACCUGGUCGAAGGACCAUGGAUUAUGGAAGCGGCGAGCGCGGCGCGGUCCAUUAUCGAAACAGCUCUGAACGUACUCCGAGCGCGUGGUCUGCUCCGAUACUGCCCCUCACGCAUCUUUCAGUUCAUCCUCUUCGCGACGACGUUUCUUUACAAGGCCUUAGCAUGUGGGAUGGUCGAAGAAGGCCAGAAGAAGAUCGCGGGCAUGCUGGAUGAUAUUGUUAGUGCUCUCAGUAGUGAGAGCAUUGAUGACGAGCACUUCGUUAAGGGGUUUGCGGAGCUGCUAACGCGGCUGGGGAAGCACUGGAAGAGCGGGGCGCGCACCAACUCGCCGUCCGUGCUCAAUGUAGAGCCGAGUAUGCGGGAGGAGAACCGGGACUCGGACCCGCCAGCAGUACUCCGGACAGCGCCCGCAGCGCCAGCGCAGAACGACACGCAACACGCGAUGCAGCUGGAGAAUAUCCCAAUACCAGGACUCAACGGCACGCCACCCAAUCUCCUUGAGCUCGGGUGGAACUUCAACCCAGUAUUCCAGAUGCCGGCGGCGGAUCAUGAACAGGACAUCCUCUUCCAGACUAUCUGGGAUACCUCACUGCAAGAAACGGAUAACGAGACGUCCAACCUAUACGCCACGCUGCUCGGCGACUCCCUGAAUCUCCCCGAUGGAGCGGGUCUGUAA